CCGUUUCCCGGUGCUGCAGGCGCUGCUGCUCGCCUUCCUCUCGCUCUGCCUGCUGCUCCUCUCCGCGCUCCUCUCGCUCCACCUCUUCCGCCGCCUCCGCCGGCCCUCCUCCGGCCACCGCCGCGCGUCCGACGCCGCCAACGGGGCGGCCUCCUCCUCCGGGACAACGGCGCGGCGGGGUGGCGACGACGAGGAGGAUGACGGCGACGAGGAGGGCCGCAGGCUCAAGCCGCCGCCGAUGCCGACCUCCUCCUCCAACCCCAGCACCGAGUUCCUCUACCUCGGCACGCUCGCCACCCCGCCGCCGGGCACCGCCCCGGCGGCCCCGCACCCCCGCCCAGGCUCGCCAGAGCUCCGCCCGCUCCCGCCGCUGCCCCGCGUCGGGCCGCCCUCCGGCGAGUUCGGCUCCCGCAGCUCCGCGUCCGACCCCAGCACCGUGCCCCGCGCAGCCGCAGCGGCCGCCGGCGACGCCUCGUCCUCGUCGCUCUCGCCCUCCUCCCCCCCCGCGGCCGAGCCCCCAACCCGUCUCCCCCCAAACGCAGGCCGCCGCCGCCACCACCACAAAACCAAGCCUGGAACCCCUUCGUGCCCGUCCCGCCGACACAAGCUGCUUUCCCCUCCGACGACGACGGUGACUCCUCCUCCACCAUUGCGGCGGCGAUGCACAAGUCCCGGCCGCUGCACUCCGACAAACUCAAGCCCGGAUCUCUGCACAUGAAGGACGAGAUGAUCCAGCUCUACCUGAACAACUCCGCCGCAGCCGCGGCAUCGGCGGCGAGGGAGGUGUGCCUGCUCGGCGCGCCGCGGUGCCACGGCAUUGGCACGGUGCUGGGUGCACUGGGUUUCUCCGAGGAGCAAGUGCGUGAUGCGCUCUUGGAAGGCAAUGCACAUGGUUUGGGAGUGGAAGCCCUGCGGAUGCUCGCUCAGUUGGUUCUCACCAAUGAGGAAGAGCUUAAGCUCAGAUAUUUCAAGGAUGACCCACCUGCCAAGCUUUGCGCGGUCGAUGCUUUUCUGAAGACGAUACUGGAUGUGCCAUUUGCAUUCAAGAGAGUGGAUGCUAUGCUCUAUGUUUCCAACUUUUAUCUGGAGGUCAAUCAGCUGAGGAUGUCCUACGCUACUCUCGAGGCAGCUUGCGAGGAGCUGAGGAGCAGCAGGCUAUUCCACAAGGUUCUUGGGGCCGUCCUCAACUUUGGCAACAUGAUGAGCAUCAACACAGGCUCUCCAAGCUCACAUGCCCUGGAGCCCAACACGCUCCUGAAGAUAGUCGACGUCAAAGGCGCCGACGGCAAGGCGGCGCUCCUGCAGUUCGUCGUCCAGGAAAUCAUGAAACCGGAAGGACACAGCAAUCUGAACCCAGCAUGCAAGACGGACGCGAGCACAAGUCCGCCGUGCGACGUCGACUGCCGGAAGCACGGCCUCCAGGUGGUCUCGAAGCUCGCCGCCGAGCUGACCAGCACCAAGAAGGCGGCGUCGGUCGACAUGACGGGCCUCAGCCGGAGCGUGUCGGAGCUCGGCGUCGGCCUCGGGAAGGUCCACGACGUGCUGAGGCUCAACGGCAUGGCGGCCUCGGCCGAGAGCGCCCGGCGGUUCCACAACGCGAUGAGCGCAUUCCUGCGGCAGGCCGAGGAGGAGAUCGUCAGGCUCCAGGGGCAGGAGAGCGUGUGCCUGUCGUCGGUGAGGGAGGUGGCGGAGUACUUCCACGGCGGAGACGAGGUGGGCGACGGCGAGGCUCGCUUGUUCAGGGUCUUCGCGGGCGUCAGGGAGUUCGUGGCCAUGCUCGACCGGAUCUGCAGGGAGGCCGGGGAGGUCCAGGGCGACCGCGUCGGCUCGACGCCGGUGAGCUGGGUGGCUGCUGGCGCGCCGCCCAUGGGGACGACGCCCUGAGCCGGCGAUGGUUCUGUCUGGAAACUGUUAUGAGCAUCUAUUUUGGUGGAACAUAUAGUAUGAUGAAGUUGUCUCCGGAACUGUUAUCUUAUGUUUCCUAGUGUAGACCAGAACAAUAUUAAACCUCUCUAUAUAGUGCAGUAGUAUGUUGUAUAAAGAACACUGGUAAGUUUAUCCAUCAGCAUGUCAGGUUAGCUACAAUGGAACAUAAAAUUACUAUGGCUAUGCUGUGUGGUA